CCUAAAAAUAUAUAGUGACGUUUCUAAUGUGUUGCCACAACAGCUGCAUGUGAACAUUCUGAUGCAGGACAAAAGCAAUGAUGAUCAAAGUGCUUAUUUGGAAAAUGGAAUUAUUGAAAAUACAGUGCGUUCACUUGUGAAGCGUAAAGCAAAUAAUUGGGUGGACACAUCAAUGAAGAAUAAUUCGCCAAGUCCAUGUCAACGGAGCUUAGCACUUGUUUUUGAUGCGACCGAAUCUAUGUCAGAUGACCUACAGCAACUGAGACAGGGCACCGAAAAGAUUUUCAACAAACUUUCCCGCCUUGACAAUAAUCCAAUUUAUAACUACAUCUUUGUACCCUUUCAUGAAGAAAAUGGGACAAUAGAAACGGGGCCAUCACUGGUGACCGACGACAGAGACAAGCUUCUUAACAUUUUGGAUAAUGUACAUCUCUAUGGUGGUGAUGAUUGCCCCGAAAACAUGCUAAGCGGUCUGAUUGAAUCACUGAAGUAUGCACUCCCAGGCUCUUAUGUGUACGCAUUUAGUGAUGCAUCAGCAAGUGAUUUCCUUUCCGAAAGUCAACUCGUCGAAUCUCUACAACGAAAACAGGCCACGAUAUCAUUACUACUAACUGGUUACUGUGACAACAAAGAAAAUGAAAAUUAUAGAGUAUACGAACGACUAACACAGAUUAGCAACGGACAAAUAUAUCAUAUCAAAUCGAAUGACAUCGAACAAAUUUUAAAUGAUGUUUCAACGAAACUCAACGACCAUCACGUAUUAAUAACUACCAGCUACAAAUUCGGUGGGGGGUCAAACCGAUGGAAUUUCACAGUGGAUGAAACGAUGAGUAAAAUUCACGUAAUUAUUACUGGCCAGGGGCCAAAGAUUUGGAUAUACGAUUCAAAUAAAACAAACAUCAUAAAUGAAACGUUAACUUUGGAUAAUGCAAUUGGUCAUACCAUUGACAAUCCAUCUGCCGGCAUAUGGGAAAUUGAGUAUGUAUCGAGUGGAUCACAUUCAGUUCGCAUAACUGCUGAGAGCACAUUAUCUCUGUCGUAUGGAUUCUCCAUACAACCGGUGAGUUCUCUGUCAGAUGCAUCGUACACGCCUCUGAAUGGAAUGCCGAACAUUUUAUCGAUUGUAUCAUCCGAGAAAGUCAAUUUGAUCGAAGUACACUUUCAACCACAAGGUGAAAAUGCAGAAAAUUCCAAACCGAUUGUGUUGCAAUUAAGUGAAAGACUACAAACUACAAAUACAACAAACUAUUUUUAUGAAACAACAGAGGCGUUCGAUCCACCUAAUGAUUUCCCAUUUAAGAUUUUGGUGAAUGGCUAUAGCGAAAAGGGAAAUCUGAUAAGACGAAUAAUAUCCACUAGUCUACAAGUAAUGGAUGGGCUUCCGCCUGAAAUUUUUCUAAAUGCAACAAAUGUGACUAUAAACGAAGGUGAAUCUUUGCUUCUAGAGUGUACGGCUCAUACAUUGGUUCCGUCCACAAUCUGGAUGCAACAUGAACAAAAACAGUUGAGAGAGUUGCAGUCAAAUCUAACGACGGACAAUGUGUCAUAUGAAAUUAAAUCAGCGGCCUUAGAAGAUAAUGGAAAAUACACAUGUGGUGCUACGAAUAUGUAUGGUACUUCAAUCCAAAUUAUUGAAAUAGAAAUCAAAAGUGCCCCAUUAGAUGUUCGCAUACCCAAGGCUGAAUAUAUUGGAACCGAAUAUCAAGCGGAAAUCCAAAUUCCAUGUACCAUUUCACCGGAGUCAAAAUCUUCAAUAUACACAAAGUGGAAAUUCAAUGAAUAUGAAAUUCAAAUUGGGAACGAUGGCAAGGAUUACAAGGUUUCAGGGAACAAUUUAAUCAUUCUUAAUUUGCGGAAAGAAUCAUCUGGCAAAUACACAUGUAUCGUGACUGCGGCCAGUGAAACAAAUUCAGCGUCUACGCAGUUAAUUGUUCAAUACGCACCGUUAUUACAAGAAUUGAAAGAGGAGGUCAUUAACAAAGUCCCUUAUGGACAACCGCUGACUAUAGGCUGUUCAGCAAAUGCGUUGCCACCAGCACAAACGAAAUGGAAACUACCAUCUGCUACAGAGUUCAAAAUAUUGGAAGGGCCUUUGCAUAUUGAAGCAUUAUCAUUUUCAGACGAGGGUCAAUAUGAAUGUUUGCUUGACAAUGGUGUUGAGCCAGUCGCGACGCGUACGGUUAAGGUUCGAGGUGAAGCAAACGGUCCACCGAAUAUUUUGAAACCGAGCAUAAAACAAUUGAAUGUAUCCGAAGGGGACGAUAUUGUUCUGAAUUGUCAUUGCGAAAUGUGCGAUCCGUUGAAUACGAUCUUCUGGACUCCCGAAACUAAUGAGGAUGAAACAAAUAUUAACGAUGAUAUCGGUGAAGAAAAUGAAUUGGCAAAUAUUAUCGAUUUUUCACGGACCAUUAAAAAUAUUUCGCUGGAAAACAGCGGUAAACAUACUUGCUUUAUAGAAAAUAGUCACGGUUCCGAUUCAUUUUCGAUUGAAGUUAAUGUGAAACAAUCCCCAAACGUUAAGACAUUGUAUGAGAAGAGCUCAUAUCAUAAAUGCGUUUCCAAUCCAUAUGUGAAUUCCGUUGAAUUGGAGUCAAAAAGCUCUAAUGUUACGUUUCCAUCCAAUGUUUAUGAUUGUAACGCAUCUGAUGCCCACCGUGCAGAUAUUAGUGUGAUGCUUUUGGAAAUCGAUUACCUUUUGGAGGCACAUCUCCAAAAACUCCGUGCGAUUACGAUUAAUUCAAACAAACCGAAUGCAAUAUCGAAGUGCUCGUUAAAUGCACUUCAAACACCAGACUUGACGCAAAUUAUAAGCCGUAAAGGACCUACAGUAGUUGAUUUACAAUCAAACUUGUUAAACAGUGACGUAUUCGAAUGCAUUUUCAAUGGAAGUUCACCUUUUGACGCAAAGCCUUUACUUCUACUUUUCGUGACACCGAAAUCAAUCCCAGAAAAUGAUUCGAAAAUUAUUCAAGUAAAAUCAAAACAUAACAAAACAACGGUUUUCAAGUGUUCGACUGCCGUCACACCGUCCAAGUGGUCUAAGCAACCGUAUACAUGCGAGAGUUUUAACAACAUUGCCGCCACCAGUAAUCCGUUUUACUUUCUAGUCCAAGAUCCACCAAAAAUUCUAUCCAUUUUUGACGAAAGUAUACGUGUGAUAAGAGGAGAACGUAGUUCAAUCGCAUGCACUGCCGCCGGAAGCCCCGAUGGGUUACAGGUUUAUUGGAUGGACGAUCAAUCGAUUGUUUCGAAUGAUAGUGUAUUAAAUCUCGACACUGGAAAUGCACAAUUCAACGAAAAGAAUUUCACUUGUGUGAGCAAAAAUUCAUUCGGCAAAGAUGACUCGAUGGUUGUUGUUCAAAUUAUCGAUAGACCGGAGCUUUCAAACGAUGCUAUUGGGUUAGCCCAAGUGGAACACAUCAAGCUGGGAGAAGGAUUUAAUUUGACGUGUCCCUUUGACCAUUUCAACCGCUUUGAUUGGUUGAAAAAUGGAGAACCGUUCAAUAAUAAAACGAGAAUUAUUGAUUUUCAACAUGUUUCCAUCUCUGAUGCAGGCAAUUACACUUGCCGUGUGAGCAAUGAGGCAGGGCAAAAUGAGUACACCUACCAGAUAUCGGUCCAUUACUCACCAGUCAUUCAAAACUCAAGUAUAAAUGAUACCAUUAUCGAUGUCACGUUGGCCACAAACUUUUCAAUCGAUUGUCAGGCUUCGGGAUUUCCACUUCCGAAAUUUGAAUGGACACACAAUGGCGAUGUUAUUUCAUCGAAUGCAAGUUUAUUCAUUGAUAAAUUGGAUACAUCCAAUCAAGGGGAUUAUGUGUGCACGGCUACAAAUGAAAAUGGCGCAUCCAAAGUUGCAUUCCGUUUGAACGUUUUGUACGCACCAACACCAGAGACGGACGCUGAUCGAAUAAUUGAAGUUGUACAAAAUCAUUCAGUUGUUCUGAAUUGUUUAGUGGAUGCAAAUCCCAAGCCGACCUAUGAAUGGUAUAAAAAUAAAGCCAAAAUAACCGGAGCUAAUGAGAGUUAUAUCGAAGUUCAUGACGUUAGUCUGAUUGAUAAUGGAAUAUUUGAAUGUGUGGUAACGAAUGCUGUAUCAAGCAGUGUAAUUCCGUUUACACUUAAUGUAUUUGCCUCAGCAUCGAUACAAUCUGUGUCGGAAAAUUCAACAUUUGAUGAAAAAGAUGAAGUUGUUUUAUCAUGUGAUGCAAUUGGCAAUCCGCUUCCGGUUUUAAAAUGGUCGUAUGACAAUCGAGUUUUGAUAUCGUCAUCCAAAUCGAAUUCGUCGGACAAGUCUCUGCCAUCCAAAACAUUCAGAUUAGAUAAUAACACAGAUUUGAUUGAAGAACGAUUCGAUGGCGACCAAGACAAUAUCAACGGAGUGAUUCGUUACAAACAUCCGUAUAGCAUUGAAAUCGAAUUGCAUCUAAAUCUAUGGCCAACUGGCGUACAUCGUUUCGAUUGUUCUGCUUUCAAUGCAUAUGGCAGAGAUGACCGCAGCACUUUUAUGGAACAUGUAUUGAAACCAACAUUUCCACUUAAAAACGACACAUUGAUUGAUGUUUCAGAUGAUGUUCCAGUCGCCUUGGAUUGUGACGUAAACGGUUAUCCAGUACCAGAAAUCACUUGGCAAAAAAAUGACAUUGGCAUCGAUUUUGCUGUACAACAAGCGCAAAAAUACCACCUAGAAAAUGACAAUAAAACUUUACACAUAUCAUCUAUAACACCCGAUGAUGAUGGCGAAUCUUAUUAUUCCUGUGUUGCUACAAACUCGAUCGGUACUGGUAAAUACGUUUUUAAACUCAACGUAUUGACGCCGCCCAGGUUGUCCAAAUCCAAUGACAGCACCAAUAAAUUCGAAACAACGUUGGUCACUCGAAAGGGAGCAGCAGUAUUUGAAUGUCCGGUCAAUGCGAAUCCAAAACCAAAAAUAGUCUGGACCGAAAAAAAAGACGACACAGAAAAACUAGUAAAAUCGAGCGAAAUUUCGACACUGAAAGUGGAUAAUUUGCAUGAGAAUACAGUAUUCAUUUGUUACGCAAACAAUUCAAUGGGAAACUUUAAUUAUACCUUCAAAGUAUUGGUUGAGAAAGCUCCCGAAAUUCUGUCACCUGUAUCAAAUGAACAGAAUUUCAAUGUUGGCGACAGUUUCACUCUAAAAUGUGACAUUAGCGCGCUACCAGAACCAAGUAUCAGCUGGUAUAAAAAUGGAGAUCAUGUCACAACGGACGGACAAGCUUUUCACAGAAGUGCCAGUCAUGCAUUUUUAUCAGCCGACCGAAAAUAUCUACAGAUAUUAAAUACUACAGCUGAUGACUUUGGAGAAUACGUAUGUGUGGCUGAAAAUUAUUUGGGUAAAAUUAAACAAUCGUUUGAUGUAAUAUUUCGUCCAUACUGGGGCGAAUGGUCGAAAUGGGGUGCAUGCUCUGAAAUAUGUGGCAAAGGAUUAACAGAACGUCAUCGAAUUUGUCAUCAAAUGCCAUCGCAUCGGAACGAAAUCAGUUGCGUUGGCGACGACAAGGAAAUGGCACAAUGCAUCCGUGAACCAUGCAAAUGGUCAAAAUGGUCUGAGUGUUCUCGAACUUGUGGAGAAGGACAAAAGUAUAGAUAUAAGGGUAAAAUGAUCGAAAUUGCGCCUUGCAUACGGAGCGUUUGCACCGAGAAAAGCAUACUUGAUAAAUACACUCCCCUCAUCACAUAUGAAUCACCUAGAGAUACCAAUAAAGUGCUGCAACAACUGAACCGAAACAAAAAUCAACGAGGUAAACCAUCACGAAGUAAAGGCACCAAAGCUACAAAUCCUUCGAGGUCAUCACGAAGUAUGAUAUUUAAUGUCUAAAGGAAUGAAAAAAAUCCAACGAUCAAACGAUAAAAACGAACAAAAUUAUUCAUUGCCCAAUUUUACUGCCCGAAUCCGUUUUAAAACGAUGGAAGACUUUUACAAGAGAAGUCGAUAGUAAACGCAAAGUAUAUAUAUGUUUUUUUUUUUAUUAAAAAUUUAUUUUCAAUGUAAAAAUUCACACAUAAAAACAUUAAUAUUUAAAUUAGUUGUCGUUUUAGAAUCUGUUAAUAAGGCACACAAUUAAAAAGGUUUUAAUCUUCUCUUUCA